UGCUACAGCGUAUCUCCCACAAGGUACAAGUGACUGUCGCCCGAUCUGCUGUCAUGAAUGUUGUUUCACUGCUUUCCUUCAGUGGGUCAAUGUGCAGUAUAUCAAGCGCGCUGGCAGGGGUGGGGCUGAGUGAUGCGCAGAAGCUGGUGCGCCUCAUGUGUCUAAUGGCCAAUGGCCACACCGUCAUGACGUCAUCGCCUCCUCCAUGAUGACGUCAUCACUGGACCCGCUCUCCAGCUGCCUUUCUCCCUCCACCACCAACAGCCUCAGCUGUUUGGCCAGCUGUUUGACAGCUGUCGCCAGCUGUGAUGACAACGCCUCUCAGCUGGUCGUACUCAUGUGUCAAUGAGCUGAUGAAAGUGGCUAUCGCUUCAAACACACCGCCGUCAACAUUCGCAGUCACCCAGUCGCUAGUGUCGCUGCUCACUAGAAACGGCGGAACUUCGCUGACGUCAGCAGGUGAGGGGGAGAAGGAGGAGGAGGUUGGGGCUUCCCCUCCUCUACCGCCGUCACCACAGAGUCCACUGGAGGCGAAAAUCAGUCCACUGCUGUUGGCGAAUGCACUGGCUGCAUGUGUCCUGUCCAAUCGACUCGAAAGCAAGCAUCGACAAGGGCCACCCAACAACUGCUGAAAUGUCUGUCUUCGAAGUCGCCGCUUCCCGCUCUACAUGCGAUGGAUUCUUUGAAUAUGGCUGACCUGACGUCGGUAAUGGACAGUUCGACAUUAGCUCUGUUCCAAGGUCACGAGGAUAGAGUGGCUUGUUUAGCGUGGCAGUCCGAGCAAGGUGUACUGGCCUCCAGUGGCUGCGACAGUACGGUUCGAAUCUGGUCGCUGAGCAAAUGGAGUCUAGAGCAGACCCUUGUGUUUCGUCUUUCGGAAAAUGUCUAUGGCAGUCAACUGAACGGUCAGCUCAUCGAUCAUCUGGGAUGGUCGCCCUCUAAGAAGUUCAUUGCUGCUUCUAUGAAUAACACCAUCAACAUCUGGUAUUUGCCAGAGAUCAGCCUGGUUGGUGUUGGCAGUGAGUACUUGCUGGAGUCGCAGGCAGGGGCUCAGAUCACGUGUCUCUGCUGGCCGGUGACGCGACACAGUGUAGAGGCAGAAGCCGAACAUCUGCUUGUCGGACAGAUCGACGGAACGGUCACUUUGGUCAUCGUGCAAGCGGGUCUCAUUGUCAAGGAGCAGUUGCUUCAUUGCUCGCAGAAAUUCAGUGAGUACAGUCUGGGUCCUGUAGCCUUGCCUAUAGUGAGGUCCACGUUAUAA